AUACAAUGCAAACUCUCAGAGACAUGUCUGGAUACGACUCCAAUCUCCUAUCACGCUCUUUCGUACUGCUGGGGCGCAUAUCACUCCCCCGUCCAGAUAACAUGCAACGCGCAUCCCCUUCUGGCAACGCCCAAUUUGCAUUCUUUUUGCUCGAGUACCGUCGCAGAGGAACCAAGAUGCCUCUAUGGGUCGACGCCGUCUGUAUCGACCAAUCUAAUACUUCAGAACGCACGUAUCAGGUUCGCAUGAUGGACAGAAUAUACUCCGAAGCGGAGUGCGUGGUUGUGUGGUAGAUAAUGCGGGUGUUCACACCAUACCUACCUCCAGGCGAGGUCUUGGGAGGUACGAUGAAUCAGACAAGGCACUGUCCUUAUCGAACGAGAAUGCAGCAUAUAGCAUGU